AUGAAUCUUUGCCUUGUCAAAACAAAGUACUAUGACACACAAGGACAAAAGCCAACCAAACUAUUUAAAGUGAAUCGUGGGGUGGUCUACGAAACAAUUGAAAACAAAAAAUUCUGUUAUUACUACGUUUCUACGGUGUACAAAAACACUUCAAAAUGCUUUGACGAGCAGCACGUGUGGUCCGGAUUGGACGAUGCCUCCACAGCUGGUGGCAAAAUUUUAUUUGAAGAAAUGAAUGCAACUGAGAUGAAACAAAGACUCCACUUUUCAUACUUCCCACCAAAUGGUGAUAUGAACAAUAUGAUCACUUUCAAAAUUGAAUAUAUCGACUUCCAAGAGAAAGGAGAAGAUGGUUCAGAAAUCAAGUUCAGUAACAUUGCAAGGCAACUUGACUUGAUAAUCACUGAUAAAUUCAAACUCGUUGUGCUACUUGGAAUGACUGUGGACUAUGGAAAAGGGUUAACAGGAGCCGUUUGCAUCUUAUAUGUUAUUGAUGAAACCAAAACAGCGUAUCUGACUUUCGACACUAAAUAUUUCGAUUUCCUCACAACGAUUUCUGUCGACAAUUUCAAAAACGUCGCAAUUAGUGGGAACGAUAUCUUAGUUGGCUUUCCAAAGUCUCGAGACGACCCCAAAGCUGAUAUUUCGCAAAACGUAUUUUUAAUGAGCGUCGUCGAUUUACCAUCAAAACCAGAGUUCCCAGUGACUUUGCCUCCACCUAUAAUCAUCCCACCACAAAAAAGGAAUCUGUUCCAACUUGGUGGUGGCGUUGGACAUUCGAACAAAUACGCGUUUAUUGCAGACCCUUUUCUUGACAGGGGUGUUGCAUAUGUCGUGAGAAAAGUCGAUGGAACCACAAUCGAUUUGAGAGCAACACUCAUUCCGUUUCCUCGUUGGGGCAGUUACCAAAAUUUUGCGCUGUUUAUGGCCGCUUUUGAUAACGCGGAUGAUACAACUGACUUGUUCGUUGCGGCGCCAACAGCGUGGAUUCAUGACAAUGUCAGAAAAGUCCAAAAAGAGGGAAGAAAAACAAGUGAGUAUAUUGGUGUCAUCUACCACUUUGUCAUUGUCGAUGACGAAACAUGCGAAGCAAAAGGGUACUACGUCGUACAGAACGAUGAAAAAAGUGGGAUAAUGAACUCGACCAUCAGUGGGAUGGUAAAUGGAACGAUUUGGUCUUUGUGA